AUGUCUCAAUCAGUGCCUUCGAGAACGCCUACUGUCAAACCAUAUCUGGAUGCUAUUCGAGCAACACUUCAAGCAGCAUUCUGCAUUGAGAAUUUUGAAUCACAACUGGUUGAACGGCAUAAUAAACCUGAGGUCGAAGUCAAAACUUCCAAACUGCUAUUGUUAAAUCCAUUGAUAAUUAGUCGAAAUGUCAACGAGCGAGUUCUUAUCGAGGGUUCAUUUAACUCUAUUCGUGUCAGUAUUGCUGUUAAACAAAGUGAUGAACUUAAGAAGCUUAUAUGCAAACGCUUGAUGCGUUUUAUGAUGCAGCGUGCUGAUGAUUUCUAUAUACUUCGUCGGAAACCUGUUCCGGAUUAUGACAUCAGUUUCUUAGUGACGAAUUUUCAUGCUGAAACGAUGUAUACACAUCGUUUAAUUGACUUUAUUGUUUAUUUUCUGGAAGAAAUCGAUAAAGAAAUUAGUGAAAUGAACUUAGCGGUCAGUUCGCGUGCACGUAUGUGUGCAGAUGAAUUUUUGAAGCGAUUCAAUUGA